AAAUAUAACUAGAGGCGAAGAUAUAAAUCUCUCUUUUUAUCGCAGAUCUACAAUUCUUUUUUUUGUCUGCUCGGAGAACUUCUCAGAUUGGUGCUAUCUCAAUGGGUGGACACAACGAUUCAGGUUCAUCUGAGAAGAGAUCAAAGGACGCCAUGAGCGAGAUCCAGACCUUCAGUGCAGAGAAUAUGCAGAACAACUUGAGAAUCUUACAAAACAGCCGGACGUUUUUGUCAAUUAUCGGUGGCGUUAUUGCUGGAAUACUGGGAUUCACAGGCUUGACGGGUUUCGUAUUUUACGUCCUCCUGAUGUCAAUUACGUCGGUCGGGCUCUUAGCCAAGGCGGGAUUCUUGGCCAACACGUACUUCGAUUCUUGGAACCGGGUUCUCUUUGAUGGCUUCCUUGGUGGCCUCAUGUCCUUUGUGCUGUUCUGGACAUUUGCGUACGACAUUGUGCACAUAUUCUGAAGGAUCCUCGAGUUUGGAUUGGAGAUGACAAAGACAGAGUAAGCAGAAGCUGGUUGGUUUCAUCUACAAGAUCCUAUGAUAUGUUUGAGCUCCAACAAUUUUGGAGCUGUAGCAUUUCAACCAUUUCUUUCUUCCUUUUUGCAGCUUAAUGCUUCACUUGCUCUUUUUUUGUUUUUUGUUUUUAAGAUAGAAAGGUUACGCUCAAUAUUUUUCGCAUUUAUUGGAUAAAAUGCUUAAAAUGAAAGAUUCUUGGAAGCAAGCCAUUAUUAAACAGUGAAUCACUACGUAAUGGAUAUAUAACAGAUGUUCAUGA